CCCAUAUUCCGCUCAAUAUUUUUUAUUUGUAUCAGAUGAAGUAUAAAAAUGGAAUAUUUCGGUAGACUCUAUUUGAACAUUUUAAUAACUUGAAAGGACCUCGUCAAGACGAAUACAUGAAUGAAAGCGGACGUGGUAUGAUAUGUGAUUGCAUCGAUAACUGUGAAUCGCUGUUGUUUUUGGCGGCUGUCAAUGCACAACCUGUACCCAGCACUUCGACAAAUGUCACAGCACCGGUCAUCUAUAUUGAUAUCUACUACAAUCGUAAAACUCUUACAAAAUAUGAAGCACGAUUGCGUUACACUUUCCUCAAUAUGGUGGGAUAUAUUGGUGGAGUAUUUGGACUAUUUUGGGGUGCAUCCGUUUUGAGUUUGGUCGAAAUAUGUUAUGCUAUCGUGAGACUGUUUCUGGGAUUUCUAUGGAGGAGAAUGAAAAAAUUGCGUCGCUCACGUCGAAUUGCUACAAAAUUGAGUGUGAUUAAGGAAUAAUAGGCAUUUUUAUUCCCCCUUUUAAUUAAAUACGUACAGGAUUAAUUUUUUGUCAUAUCUGUUACAGUAUGUCACAUAUUACUUUACACAUUGUAAUAAAUUCAUAUUUUGUUAAUUAGUUUUUUAGAUUUCACAAUUUAUGGCAUCAAAUUAUCAAAUUCUGGAUAUUGUUAG